CAGAGUGACUUACUCGUUUUCAGCUACUGGCCUAACAGCAAGGAGGAUUAGAUUCCCACACCUGCAGCAGCCAGGGGAAGAAUGGCAUUGAAACAGAUAUCCAGCAACAAGUGCUUUGGGGGAUUGCAGAAAGUUUUUGAACAUGGCAGUGUUGAACUGAGCUGCAAAAUGAAAUUUGCUAUCUACUUACAACCAAAGCCAGAAACUGGAAAGUGCUCUGCACUAUAUUGGCUGUCUGGUUUAACUUGCACAGAACAAAAUUUUAUAUCAAAAUCUGGUUAUCAUCAGGCUGCCUCAGAACACGGCCUUGUUGUCAUUGCUCCAGAUACCAGCCCUCGUGGCUGCAAUAUUAAAGGAGAAGAUGACAGCUGGGACUUUGGUACCGGGGCUGGGUUUUAUGUGGAUGCCACUGAAGAUCCUUGGAAAACUAACUACAGAAUGUACUCUUAUGUAACAGAGGAGCUCCCCCAACUUAUAAAUGCCAAUUUUCCGGUGGACCCCCAAGGGAUGUCUAUUUUUGGCCACUCAAUGGGAGGCUAUGGAGCUCUGAUUUGUGCUUUGAAAAAUCCUGGAAAAUACAAAUCUGUGUCAGCAUUUGCUCCAAUUUGCAACCCAGUCCUCUGUCCUUGGGGCAAAAAAAUCUUUGGUGGAUAUUUGGGAACAGAUCAAAGUAAAUGGAAGGCUUAUGGUGCUACCCAUCUUGUGAAGUCCUAUCAAGGUUCUCAGCUAGACAUACUAAUUGAUCAAGGAAAAGAUGACCAGUUUCUUUCAGAUGGACAGUUACUCCCUGAUAACUUCAUAGCUGCCUGCACAGAGAAGAAAAUCCUCGUUGUUUUUAGAUUGCAAGUGGGUUAUGAUCAUAGCUACUACUUCAUUGCAACCUUUAUUACUGAUCACAUCAGACAUCAUGCAAAAUACCUGAAUGCAUGAAAAACUUCAGAUAAGAGAAUCUCUUCAGUAUUACAAAAGAUGUAAAAUCAGAAUUACCAAGCACAACAAGAUUUCAAAACAUUGGAUUUUAUAAUGCUAAAAGAGCUUCAUUUUAUGGUUAAAUCACCUGAAUAAAGAUAUAAAACCUAAAAAAAAAAAAA